AUGAGUUUGACUAGUUGGAUUUCCUCCAUUAACCUCCUGUGGGCAGCGUGGGAGAUUCAGUUCCUGGUCGCCGCAAGCCUUGCCUGCAAGAUUGUUCUCACAAUAUUAGGCAGCCGGCGGAAAUAUAUGACGUCGAUUCCAGCUAGUUUCAUCAUCUGGGCCACAUAUUUGCUCCUUUCUUACUUUGCAACAAUCGCACUGGGCAAGCUUACUAUGGUCCGCAUCGACGAUCUUAAAAAUCCAGGUUACGAUGUGGUCUUGCAAGCGUUAUUGGCCCCAUUGCUUCUGAUGCAACUCGGGUAUGCAGAUCGCAUGACGGCCUAUGCGGUCGAAGAUGACAGGCUGGGAUUAAGACAAAUGCUGAAAAUCGGGGUUUCGGUGGUUAUCAUGUUUUGGAUCCUCUAUCGCUGUUGGGACGGCUCCUCCCCGAUCUCAAGACUGUAUUUCCCUUUGUCCGUGGUCGGAAUCAUAAAGCCAGUGGGUUGGGCCUGGGCUCUCCAAUCCGUGUCUAAUGAGAACUUGAGCGUGACCGCAGAGGACAUGUCCAAAGAAGCCGGCAUUAAGCAAGUGUUCGAAGCGCUCCCUGAGGACGAGAAGUUCGCGUCCACAAAGGACAUCUUGAAGGCCUACUAUCGGUUCCACUGCUUGAAGCCCCAUCUCAAGAACUGGCUAUACCACCCUCAGUUUAUAUCCCACGAAUCAAUGUCCAUUGAAGGUUACCCCGCCGACCGUGCUUUCACCAUGACCGAGAUUGAGCUGAACUUCAUGUUCGAUGCGCUUUACACUAAAGCUCCCUUUCUGUACACAAAACAUGGCCUCAUAGGCUGCUUUGUUGGCUUCUUCUGCUUGGUGUCUGCCUUGUGUGGAUUUGUCGUGAUCUUCAGGAAUGCCUUCUUGAUCGAUAUGUACAUCACCUAUACCUACGCAUUACUGAUGGCAGUCAUAUCUCUCGAGCUUUAUGAAAUCUCGAUGCUGGUGUUUUCAGAUUGGGCGGUGGCGAAGAUGAGUAAGAACCUUAAGAUGCCGCUCGUCCGAAGGCUCCUCCCAUUUCUAGCCAAUCAGUGCAUGAAGCAGAAAAGAUGGUCGAGGACAAUAGGGAAGUUCAAUUUGUUAGACCACCAAGUAUACAAAGAACGUCCGAAGCCCAUUGACACGGUACUCUGUUGGUUAGAGAAAUGGGAGAUCGUCAGGAGGUUACACUCCCGCCUCAGGAGGUUACACUCCCGCCCGGCCAUGCCCUCGUCCCUCAAGGCGCUGGUGGUUCAAAAGAUGGGGGAGAUAGAUAAGAAAAGAGACCUCCAGCCCUUCAAAAAAAGAGGCGAGUGGACGCUCGAGGCUCACGGCAUCCAAGAGAAAAAAGGACUGAGUGAUAGCAUUGCAACAGAAUUCGAUAAGAGCAUCAUUAUCUGGCACAUCGCAACCGAAGUCCUGCACACACUGGAACGUGAAAAGCCCGAUGCUUGUAGAGGAAGCAAACUCCUAUCGGAUUACAUGAUAUACCUCCUCGAUCUGUAUCCUUACACAUUGUCCCUCUCCACUGCCGACAUCAUCCUGGAGUACGCUCGUUGCACACUGAGGCCUUUCUUCAGGUACCAAGACCCUAAAGAACUAAUUAGCAUACUGUCGUCGCCAGAUGGGGAUGUCCCAGACCCUAUAAAACAGAGUAAGCCGACGUGGAUCACUCGUGAUUGGAACAUGUUGUUGAAGGUACAGAAGCUUGUGGUCGACUUGAGUACGAUGGACAACAAGUGGGAGCUGAUCAGUAGCAUCUGGGUGGAGAUGCUGUGUUACGCAGCAUACAACUGUCGAGUGUAUCACCAUGAGAACCUACUGACAGCAGGAGGUGAACUCAUCACUCAUGUGUGGCUUCUUUUGGCUCACAAGACCGACAAACACCAGUUGAGCCGUGACGAGCUUUCUGAAGACCCUGCCGCCUCCAACGAAUCUCCCUCCCCUGAAAAUGGUUCUUCUAGUUGCCUCAAGAGGACGUUCCGGCAGGCACAAGCUUAA